CGCCACCGCCGCCGCCGCCGCCGCCGCCGCCGCCGCCGCCGCCACCGCCGCCCCGCGCCCCGCGCCCCGUGUCCCGGGCGCCUGCCCCCUCCGGCUUGUGCGUUUGCUGCCGGACGAACCUCCCGACCAUGCCCCGCGCCCCGCCUGCCUUUGCGACCCCCGAACCCUGCGCCACCCCGCACGCCCGCAGUCCUCGCGCCGCCACGCCGGACACGCAGUAAAGUCUGAAAAUCUGGGUCACAGCUAAGAAGACCUCAGACCCGGAGUCCAGGAUGUGGCCUGCUCUGCUGCUGUCCCACCUCUUCCCUCUGUGGCCGCUGCUGCUGCUGCCCCUCCCACCGCCUGCUCAGGGCUCCUCCUCCCCUCGGACCCCUCCGGCCCCGGCCCGCCCCCCUUGCUCCCGGGGCGGCCCCUCUGCCCCACGCCACGUGUGUGUGUGGGAGCGGGCACCUCCACCAAGCCGGUCCCCUCGCGUUCCAAGAUCGCGGAGGCAAAUUCUGCCUGGUACUGCGCCCCCUGCCACCCCAUCGGGCUUCGAGGAGGGACCACCCUCAUCCCAGUACCCCUGGGCUAUUGUGUGGGGGCCCACUGUGUCUCGAGAGGAUGGAGGGGACCCCAAUUCUGUCAAUCCUGGAUUUCUGCCCCUGGACUAUGGUUUUGCAGCCCCCCAUGGGCUAGCUACUCCACACCCCAACUCAGACUCCAUGAGGGAUGAUGGAAAUGGGCUCAUCCUUGGAGAGACGCCAGCCACCCUGAGGCCAUUCUUGUUCGGAGGCCGUGGAGAAGGUGUGGACCCCCAGCUCUACGUCACAAUCACCAUCUCUGUCAUCAUUGUUCUUGUGGCCACUGGCAUCAUCUUCAAGUUCUGCUGGGACCGCAGCCAGAAACGUCGCAGGCCCUCAGGGCAGCAAGGGGCCUUGAGGCAGGAGGAGAGCCAGCAGCCACUGACAGACCUGUCCCCUGCUGGAGUCACUGUGCUAGGGGCCUUCGGGGACUCGCCUACCCCCACCCCUGACCAUGAGGAGCCCCGAGGGGGAGCCCGGCCUGGGAUGCCCCAAUCCAAGGGGGCUCCAGCCUUCCAGUUGAACCGGAUUCCCCUGGUGAAUCUGUGAUGCCCCCCAUGUUGGGGUGCUGCCAAGCAGGAGGCCAAGGGGCCAGCAUAGGCGCCAUCCCACUGAGGGUGGGGCAGCUGUGGGGAGUUGGGGCCUUGGGGGCUCCGACUCCCACCCCUGUAUACCACCCGGAACACUCACUGGCCACAUGGGCAAGCCCCCCUGCUUGCCCUCUUGUAGUAGGGGGCUUCACGUACUUGUGACUGUGGGUCCCCACCCCUUGCACACUCACGUGAAAGCCUUGCACACUCAGCUCCACCUCACAGACCAUUGCCCAUGCUCAUGCUCUAGGCAGCCACUCUUCUGCACCUCUUCCCUGGCACCUCUCCUGCUCACUGAUGGCUUACACUGUCAUUUCCCAUUCUCUCUCUGUCUUGCACACACACCAUGCUCUGAUGGGUCACUUAAUGUCGGGGUACCUGGUCCAUGUGCCCCUCACUGUUCAUGUGCAUUUCUGGCAGGAAGUCGUGGUGUGGCGUGGUGCGGCACGGCGCACUCGCUCUGCCUCGCAGACAAUCACUGGUCUAGUUUCUGUGGCCCCUGCAUGCGCCCUUGAGGUGGCUGGGAGGGGAGCUGGGGGCUGCACCUACCCUCAUCUGCCAUGCCCCGCCCACACCCAUGUCAUCAGGUCACUGUCCCCACAUCCCAUCCCACUCCAAGCGUGCUAGUGUCACCCCAUGGUGAUGGGGGUAGUGAGGGCCACUGCUAAGUUCUGUUGUCUGAGGUGGGUGUUGGGAGUCACCUACUGCACUACAUGAAAAAGGGACUCCCAUUCAUCCUACGCUCCCACCAAGUCCCUCUUGUCUUGUCUGUCUUGACUGUCUGUGUCUGUGUCCCUGUCUGGACGUGAGAGCCCCUGACCCCUGAGCAGGUCCUCCAGUCCCCAGCCUCCCUUGGCCUCCCUCCCUCCACAGGGACUGGAGCAGCUGGUUCAAGGCCAUCGGGAGCUCUGCCUCCAAGGCCAGCCCUCCUUUCCGGCUCCUUCCUGCCCUGCCUCUCCUUCCACCCCUCUGCCUCCCACCCUACUUCUCACCAGUGUCUCUACUUUCCUCCUUUCCCUCUUACCUGGCUCCUAUGCUGUGAUAUAUAUUUUUGUAUUAUCUCUUUCUUCUUCUUGUGGUGAUAAUCUUGAAUUCUUGUGGGAUGUAAGUUUCAAAAUUUUCAAAUAAAGCCUUUGCAAGAUA